UUCUCAAGAAUAUUCGGUGAUUUCAUUUAUAGGUUAAGAUUAAAACAAGGUUAAUUUUUGGUUUACAAUAUUUUCAUGUUUAUUUUAACGAUUCUGAGGAUACUAAAAUAUUAAAAAUGGUUCUACAGUUGAAAGAACAAUUUGAGGUUGAAUCCAAACAUACUGCCUUUUAUACCGGAGGAAAUGUAGAAUGGCAUGGGGACAUAUUUUAUUGUCAAACAGAGUCCGCAAUAAAUUUGUUCAACACUGCUGAUGGCAAAGUUUCAAGAACAGUUGGCGAAGAAAAUUCUGAAGAUGCAGACUUUAUUCAAACCUUCACCACUGAUGGGUCAAGAAUAGUAUCCUCACAUAAAAGUGGCCUUCUCAAGUCAUGGAACGAAUCAGGAGAACUGGAAAAAGCAUGGAAAUAUAUUCACAAGGGACCUAUUGCUCGAUUACAGUUGAAUGGAAAUCUUUUGGCUAGUGGAGGGGCAGAUGGUGGAGUUAGAAUUUGGGACAUGGAAUAUCACUCUUGUGUCUCGAGCUUCAAGGAAUGUCAGGGUGUUGUGAAUGCUCUCAAGUUCCACCCAACUGAACAGGAAAUAUUAGCUUCAGGAGAUGAUGGAAAAAUUUUUCAUUUCGAAUGGAAGGAUGGAAACUUCAAGAAAAAAUAUGACAAACAUUUCAGUAAAGUGACUUCUAUUGUUUUUACUCACGAUAACACUCACUUCAUUUCAUGUGGAAGAGACAAGGUGAUGAUAUUAUGGAAAUUCAUGGAUAACACUCCGAUAAAAUCAAUACCAUUUUUUGAAUCUAUAGAUUCUAUUAUAAGUUUGCCCUUAAAAUUCAAAUUACCUGGUUUUAAAUCUGACCCGGAGUGCUAUUAUGUUGCUGCAGCUGGUGAAAAAGGCAUCAUCACAAUUUGGGACGUAUUAAAUGUGACGCAGAUCUACGUGCAAGAUAAUUCAUUGGUUACUCCUGCUGAAGAAGGUGCAUUAGCUGUAUCAAAUCUUCUUUUGAACAAGGAGUUGAAGACAGUUGCUGUAGUAACUGUAGAGCAUAAUAUUAUUUUAUAUCAUUUGAAAUCUUUUGCUUGUGUUAAGCAGUUUAUUGGAUUCUCUGAUGAAAUAAUCGAUAUUGCAUUCAUGGGGCAGGAUGAUACUCACUUGGCUGUUGCUACAAAUUCAUGUGAUAUCAAACUUUAUGAUAAUAACACAAUGAACUGUCAGUUAUUGAAGGGACAUACCGAUAUUGUAUUGUCAUUAUCGGUGUCUAAAACUAAUCCCAAUUUAUUAUUAUCCUCAAGUAAGGAUAAUACAAUAAGGCUAUGGUUAUCUUCGAUUCAAGUUGAAUGUAUAGGAGUUGGUAAAAGACACACAGAUACAGUGGGAAGUUGCUGUUUCAGUCAAACUUCUGCAAGAUGGGCUGUGAGUGUUGGUAAAGAUCACUGUUUGAAGCUUUGGGACAUUCCUUCUACUAAAGACGAUAAACUAAUAUCACUCAACUGCCCAAAAACAGAACUUGCCCAUCAAGACGAUAUAAACUGUGUUGCCGUUGGACCAAAAGAUAACAUAAUUGGUACAGCUAGCAAAGAUAAAAAAGCCAAACUGUGGGAUGAAAAUUUAAGACUUAUUGGUGUCUUGAAUGGUCACCGAAAAGGAGUGUGGUGUAUAAGAUUCUCACCUGUUGAUCAGUUAGCGGCCACCUCUUCAGCAGAUUGUUCAAUAAAGUUAUGGAAUCUUAAGGACUUAACUUGCUGCAGUAACAUACUGAUUUACGAUGCAAGUGUUUUUAAUAUUCGUUUCAUAUCAAAUGGAUACCAAAUUUUAUCUAGUGGAGGUGAUGGUAAUAUACAAAUUGUGAACAUUAAGGAUUCAAAAUGUCAACUAUCUUUGGAAGAGCAUGAUGGAAAGGUUUGGGGUAUGGCAAUAAAACAAGAUGAAUCCAUGAUUGUGACAGGUGACUCAAAUUCGACUCUGAUCAAGUGGAAGGACGUGACUGAACAAAAAAGAUUGGAGAAAUUGAAAGAAUCUGAAGAACAAGUACUGGAUGAACAAAAACUCAAUAAUUAUUUACAAGAUCGUAAUUGGUUGAAGGCUUUGAAAUUAGCUUUAAGAUUGGAUAAACCUUUCAGAGUUUUAAAUAUUGUUAAUGAAAUCAUAAAGAGCAAGGAAGACGGGUUGAAAGCCACCAUUGAACAAUUGAGGGAAGACCAGAAGAAUUCCUUAUUCACUUAUGCAGUUAACUGGAAUACCAAUAAGAAGAACCGUAAAGCAUCUCAAAUAAUAUUGGAAAUAUUGUUAGAUCAAAUUAUCGAGGGUACUUUCAAACCUUCUAAUCUUUCCUCAAAUCUAGAAGGUGCUCUUGCCUACACACAAAAAUAUUUUGACCACUCCAAAGAAUCUUUGAAAAAAUGUCAUUUUAUAAAUUAUUCAAUGAACUGUAUGAAACCACAUAUGAAAAUAAAAACUCAAGAUAUUUAGUCCUUAUUUUUCA